AGCUUCAUUCCUCCACCACAGACUGAGUGGACUUUCUAUCUCCAUUACCUUCUUUAUUUCAUAUCAUCUUAAACAGACUACAGUCUGAGGGGAUGAUCAUAUCUACACCGGAAGCCCAAGAGGAAUCCCCCCCCCCUCCACAGCUUCAGGUGAAGGCGGGCCCUGAAGCAGGUAUGAGCUGGACUUCAUGUCGUGAAGCCGGUGUUUGGCCCUCGGGGGCCUCGUCCAGCUGAACCCCCACCCCCUGCAUUAACAGCUUUCCUCUUGAUGAAGACCCCUGACCCCGGUGAUGUGAUGAACAAAUUUGAAGUCCUUGGGAUCGUGGGGGAAGGAGCCUAUGGAGUUGUUCUGAAGUGCCGACACAAGGACACCAAUGAGAUCGUGGCCAUCAAGAAAUUCAAGGACAGUGAAGAAAAUGAAGAGGUUAAGGAGACAACGCUGCGGGAGCUGAAGAUGCUCCGGACUCUGAAGCAGGAGAACAUUGUGGAGCUUAAGGAGGCAUUCCGCCGCCGUGGGAAACUCUACCUGGUGUUCGAGUACGUGGAGAAGAACAUGCUGGAGCUGCUGGAGGAAUUACCAAACGGCGUUCCGACAGACAAAGUUCGCAGCUACAUUUUCCAGCUGAUCCGAGCCAUCCACUGGUGCCACAAACACGACAUCGUCCACAGGGACAUAAAGCCAGAGAACCUCCUCAUCAGCUCCGAUGACAUCCUGAAGCUGUGUGACUUUGGCUUCGCCCGAAAUCUCUCAGAGGGAACCGAUGCCAACUACACGGAAUAUGUGGCGACGCGCUGGUACCGAUCCCCAGAGCUGCUGCUGGGGGCUCCGUACGGGAAGGCGGUGGACAUGUGGUCGGUUGGCUGCAUCUUGGGGGAACUGAGUGACGGGCAGCCUCUGUUUCCGGGGGAGAGCGAGAUUGAUCAGCUGUUCACCAUCCAGAAGGUGCUGGGACCCCUCCCUCCAGAGCAGAUGAAGCUCUUCUACAACAAUCCUCGCUUCCACGGACUGCGGUUCCCGGCUGUGAACCACCCUCAGACGUUAGAGCGGAGAUACCUGGGCAUCAUCGGGGGGGCGCUGCUUGACCUGCUGAAGAACCUGCUGCUGCUGAACCCGACGGAGCGUUUCCUGACGGAGCAGAGUCUGAACCACCAGGCCUUCCAGAGCCUGAGACCUGGACCCCCCACCCCGACCCCCGGCCGGUCCUCUAAGAGGAAACCUCACCACGGAGACACCUCCACCCCCAGCAGGGGCCACGGGGGGAAGGGUUCGGGGGGCCACCGCUCCAGCAGCAGGGAAUGCUCUAGCCUCCCCCGCCAUGAAGACCUUCACCCCAACACCGAGGCCUUCCUGAACGGGAACCUACCGGCAGCCAUUACCCUCAGCCCCACACUGCACCACAAAAACUAUUCAACCACCCCCCCCCCCUGCACCGGGGAACUGCCCCACCUGCUGGGCCCUGUAGAGGCCAAGGGCAAGGCCGACUUCGACCUGAGCCUGGGCUCCAAGGGGUCAGACGGCCCCGGGGCCAAGUACCUCAAAUCCAACUUCCGCUCUCAGCAGAACCGCCACUCGUUUGUGGAGGGCAAGACUAACACGCUGCAGGGGGGGGAGAAACAUGGGAGGCACAUGGACCCCCACGGCUCCUCAAAGUUCUCCUACCUGAACCUGUCCAGGGGCCACGGCAUGCUGAGUGAUGCCAAGUCUGUGGGGAACCUGAAUGACGUGCACCUGUACGCCGACGAGCCCACUUCCCGGUACUUCCCCUCCAGCUGCCUGGACCUCACGGCCCCCAGCAGCCCUGCCCUGCGCCGGGGGGACCGGCUGGCCCCCGGGGGCCCUGGCAGGGGUAGCAUGCGGUCAGAGAGAGAAAGCAACACGCUUGACUCAUCCUACAGGCGAUCCUCGAUCCGGCACAAGGCCUCCGAGGAUGUCAAGACCCCGGAAACCCUGGACCCGGGGGAAGGCGGGGGGGAGAGGGGCCAUGCACACUCACUGUCGGCCCCUCAGGACCCGCUCUCUUACGGGGGGGGCUAUACCAGCCCCUUCUCCUCGCAGCAGAGGCCCCACCGCCACUCCAUGUACGUCCGGAGGGACCACCAGAGGACCCACGGUGGGGAGGAGGGUCUGUUGGUGGGGCCGGGGGGGCCCACUAGAGCUAGCAGCCUGCAGCUCCUAUCCCCCCAGCUGCAGCACCGAACCCUGCCCCGACACCCGGGGGGGGCCCGGGAGGAUGACCUGAGCCGGAGCGAGGCUCCCAGCGAGGCCCACAGCAGACCCCCCCCUAUCAGGGACUCCAGCAGGGACACCAGCUCGUCUUUUCACACGCAGCGGCAGAAAGAGGUGGGCUUGUACCACGAGCAGCAGACAGAGGACGGCGGCUCGUCCAAAGAGAACCGGAACAUCUACAGCGAGUCCAUGCCCCGCAGGGUGGGCAGCUUCUACAGAGUCCCGUCUCCUAGGCCGGACAACUCCUUCCAUGAGGGCCGGGGCCCGAGCCGGAGCCAGGGGCCGGCGUUCGAUCCCUGGACGGGUCCGGACACGGUGGUUCUGAACCCAGCGGAGCCGUCCAAAGAGAAAGAGAAGCAAGGCUUCUUCAGAGCCAUGAAGAAGAAGAAAAAGAAGCCUCAGAUGGUUCCCAAUGAAGGGGGGGACAACAUCCUCCAGAAGUCCUCCAGGUCCUCCAGUCACCAGAGCAGCCGCCAUCGGACCCGGGACAAGAGCCGAGACCGGGAAAAGAGCCGAGACCGGGACAAGAGUAGAGACCGAGACAAGAGUAGAGACCGGGAUAAGAGUAGAGACCGGGACAAGAGUAGAGACCGGGACCAGGACCGGGAUAAAGACUGGCCUCCUGAGAAACGUUCAGAUUCACACUCUCCGAGUCAGCCCCUGAAGUCUCUGCGGAAACUUCUGCACCUCACGUCCUCAUCCUCCAACCAGAACGCUCAUUCAGACCUGCGCUACCAGCCCAACCCGGCCUCCUCUCAGGGGUUCCCAGAGGGCCGGGGCCACUCGGGGGUCAGCACCCCCCAGCUGAAGAGCCGACAGACUGCCUACCCACUGCCCGGGCAGCUGGAGGCCGGCUGGCACUCGUCGGCUCUGGGUCGCCCAGAAGGAAACCCCUAUCCCGAGCAGAUGAGCAGCAAGGGGGGCCAGAACGGUCACGGCUUUGGACGGGCCCCCCGGUCCCGAAUGCCGAACCUCAACGACCUGAAGGAGACGGCUCUGUGAUCGCCCUGCAGACGCCCCCUUAACGUCUUCUUACGUUACACACAACUGCUGACUGCUCACACACACACACACGCACGCACGCGCACACACACACACACACACACACACACACACACACACACACACACACACACACACACACACACACACACAGAUCCCAAAACUUUAAACACUGCUUGUGAAACGGGCUACAGCCUUCUGUCUUCAUUUUUUAUGUUUGAUAGUCUUUAUACUACUGCUUCUGUAAUUCUGAUUAUGAUUUGUAUUAUAAGGUAAAUAUAUAUAUAUAUAAAUGGAUAGAUUACAUUUACUUUAUGUAUUUUUGUUUCUAUUGGAUAUAGAGAUAUAGUCCUCUGCAUAGUAUUUCCUGAUGAGUAUCUGAAGCAGAGUGAUGUGAUGGAGGUUGUGAUUUCACACUGCCGUGUCUUCAUCUCAUCAAGUGUCUCGCUGUUUGGUGUCUUCUGGUCCCAGACGCUCGGUCAGAGCUGUCUCUAAAAUAUAGACGAGUUGGGACUGACAAUCUGUAACGCUUAGAUCUGUUGUCCUUUUUUAAAGGGUUUUUAGGUCAUUUUUUAAUGCAGCCAUUUGAGACACUAUGGUGCCAUGAACUGAGAUGAACAGCGCUCUCUGCUGGAGAAAGGGAGGCACUGCCUCUUUUGUUUCUGACCUGAAAUGCACUUACUCACAUUCAAUACCCACAUCUCAUGCACUGUAUGUGCAAAUAAUGUUCUCAUAUAUAUGAUAUAAAAUAACAUAUGCACCUUAAUCAUCCCAAAUAAAACACAAUAACUAACCGUGUACAGACCCUACUCACGGUCCUCUGGGCAGGAACAGGAUCUGAGAUUAUUCACUGAGCUCUUUUUAAUGUAAACCAUGGAGGGGGAAUCAUACAGUGUUUUAAAGUUGAUAUUAAAGGAUGCAAUUUAUUGUUAUGAUAAAUAUCCUCUCUACCAGCACUCAAGGAAGUGUCUGUUGCUUCUCUCUAAACCAGAAAGAUUAUAAACCCAGUCCCGGUGGUUCUGCUUGUUCAAUCAGUUAGAAAACUGUAAAUAAAGUUUAGCUGCUGUAGUUACGUAUACCACAUGGAUUUGUACAGUAUGUAGAUAGAUAGAACCGGAGGAUGAAGCCCUCUUUAUUGUCACAUACAUGCACACAGCAGAGCACACACAGUGGAAUGUGUCCUCUGCAUUUAACCCAUAGGAGCAGUGGGCAGCUACUGUGCAGCGCCCGGGGAGCAAUGGGGAGGGGGGAUUGGAGGUGUCUGGUGCCUUGCUCAAGGGCACCACAGCAGGGCCUAGGAGGUGAACUGGGACCUCUCCAAGUAGCAGUCCACUUUCCAUAUUUUUUCAAGUCUGUACGGGGACUUGAACCGGCGACCCUACGAUUCCCAGUCCAAGCCCCUACUUACUGAGCCACUGCUGGACAAGUCUCUGCAUUUGACCCAUCCUAUUGUUAGGAGCAGUGGGCUGCCAUUAUGUACGGCGCCCGGGGAGCAGUGUCGGGAACGGUGCCUUGCUCAGGGACACCACGGUAACAACUUGGCCCCUAUGGACUUUGCCACCACCGCCCUUUUGAGAGGAACUCAAAGCCAUUCUGAGUGCAGUGAUUCACAAACUUUAUUCCUUAAUGUCCUUAGGUUAUCUAUUUUUCAAUAUGUGUCCAAUAAAUCUAAAUAAUUAGUUUACACUUUCAGCUACUUUAACCAUGUUGCCACUACUCUAAGCUACUAACUAUCACUGUGUCUUUCUUUGAGCUGUGUGCUUUUGUUCAUCCAUUGCUUUGAGCUAGCUAAAUAUUUGCCAUACUAGAUCUUCUUUUAUUUGCCAAGGUGCAGUCCAAACAGGUUACCUUCAAACCCAUUUAUGCAUAGGUUUCAAAGUUACUUCUAUUUCCCUUGCUUCGAUUCACUCACACUUUCCAUCCGCUCUGCGUGCCAUGCAGCGGCAGGAAUCACUGCACGGAUUUAUCUGAUAGCACAAACGGAGCCACUCAGGACUAACUUCAAUCAGCCUGAACCCAGAGGCAGGAUCUGUUUCUAUAUCUGGUUCUGUCCAGAUGAAGUGCCAGGAGAGGGAUAGGCAGAAAUGAACGGGAGCUUUUUUAAUGUUGCACUUUAAAGAGAUGGUAUGGCUCAGCAAUAUUAAACCCCACUGCCUGUAAACUCCUGUUCAUCACUGCUCAUGGUGUGCAAAGUGUGUGAAGACUCAAACUAGUCGUGGUGCAUUCAAGGACCGUGCGCUCUCUUUUCCCCACACGGUAAAUGUCUCUGUGAGGGUUAUUGUUGUUUGUGAAGGAACACUGUGUAUUAUAUUAAUACUGAUGUGUGAUGUUAUCAGCUGUUUAAAUGAAUCCAGUAUGUGCUUUUAAUACAGACACAGAUCAUUAGUAGCAUAGCCAGAGUGUGUAUCAUGAGAGUGUACCCCCCCCCCACACACACACACACAGGUCCAUGCUUUACCCUUUUGGUAUUUUAUGUUUACCAGUUACAGUAAAUCUCAAUAAAACAAACUCAUUCAU